AUGGGGGGGCGGCAGGGGGCGGCUGGGCCGCGCGGGGGGCCCGGGCUUCGUGCUCACGCCGCCCGCCGCCCCCAGGACGUGUUCCUCAUGAUCCGGCGCCACAAGACCACCAUCUUCACGGACGCCAAGGAGUCCAGCACGGUGUUCGAACUGAAGCGCAUCGUCGAGGGCAUCCUCAAGCGGCCUCCUGACGAGCAGCGGCUGUACAAGGAUGACCAACUCUUGGAUGAUGGCAAGACACUGGGCGAGUGUGGCUUCACCAGUCAAACAGCACGGCCACGGGCCCCAGCCACACUGGGGCUGGCCUUCCGGGCAAAUGACACCUUUGAGGCCCUGUGCAUCGAGCCAUUUUCCAGCCCGCCCGAGCUGCCCGAUGUGAUGAAGCCCCAGGACUCGGGAAGCAGUGCCAAUGAACAAGCCGUGCAGUGAGGACCCCCAAGAGGCCCAUUUCCCCCAAUAAAAGAGAUUUGGGAGUCAAAAAAAAAAAAAAGAA